AUGUUUACGAAGUCGGCCGACGAGUCUGUUAAUCGAAUUACUGCAAAGUCACGCGGGGCAAAGCAGAACAAUGAUGAGUGUGGCAGAUGUGGCCAAAAUGGACAUUUUAGUAACGAUCCGAAAUGUCCGGCGAAGUCUGCGAAAUGCAACAAAUGCGGCUUGAUUGGACAUUUUGCUAGGAAAUGUAGAACAAAGAAACGAAAGAACAAUCAAGGUUCUCCCAAGAAGAAGCGCACAGAGUCAUACAAAGUGCGAAAUGUAGAAACGAGCGAAGAAGAAGAGGUAAAUUGUUUCAAGAUAUCUAAUGACACGGCUGUAGACGAAAAACUGGUAUGUGGUAUCGGUGGUUGCCCGAUAUCAAUGAUAAUUGAUUCAGGGACGCGUCUCAACUUGGUGAGCGAAAGUGACUGGGGAAUACUGCGUAAAAACACGGCUGUGAUAUUCAAUGAAUGGGAAGACCACACAACCCAGUUUAAGGCCUAUGCGUCAAAUAAAGUUCUGGACGUACUUCAAGUUUUCGAAGCACCUAUAUCGGUAAAGAACAAAUUGGAGAAAAUCGCUACCUUCUACGUAAUAAAGAAUGGGUGCAAGUCCUUAUUGGGGCGCGACACAGCUAUGCAGCUGGGAGUUUUAAAAAUAGGCCUAGGGGUAAAUAGCGUGGAAAUUGCACAACCUUUCCCAAAAAUGCUAGGAGUUAAGAUCAAAUUAUCAAUCGACCCUACCGUAAAACCCGUACAACAGCCGAUGCGUUGCAUACCCAUAGCCUUGGAAGAGCAGGUAGAGGAAAAAAUUAACCAAAUGAUUGCUCUCGACAUUAUCGAGCCGGUUUCAGGGCCCUCUUUAUGGAUAUCUCCAAUAGUCAUUGUGUAUAAGGAAGGGGGAGAGAUGAGGUUGUGUAUAGAUAUGCGGCGAGCAAACCAAGCAGUGCUGCGCGAAAAUCAUCCGCUACCAACGUUUGAGAUAUUCAUGACGAAGCUAAGAGGCGCCAAGUACUUUUCUAGGAUCGACUUGAAGUGGGCAUAUCACCAGCUAGAGCUGGAUGAAUUCAGUCGCUAUAUUACCACUUUCAUUACGCAUAAGGGUUUAUUUAGGUAUAAGAGGCUGAUGUUUGGGAUAAAUUCCGACCCAGAGAUCUUCCAGCGAGUCAUAGAAAAACUGUUAUGCUCUUGCAAGAAUGCGGUUAAUUAUAUAGACGAUAUCAUAAUAUUUGGCAAAACGGAGGAAGAACAUGACGAAGCGGUAAAAAGAGUGGUAGACGUGUUUAGAGAUAACAAUUCAAUGUUGAACGAAAAGAAGUGCAUUUGGAAGGCACAAAAGCUAAAAUUCUUGGGACACCUGUUAUCUGAGGAGGCCAUAGCACCUGACCCUGAUAAGAUUGAAACGAUAAGGGACUUCCGCCCACCACAGUCGAAGGAAGAGGUAAGGAGCUUCUUGGGGCUCGUGACAUACGUGGGGAAAUUCCUCCCGGACCUCGCUGAUACAACAGAACCGUUGAGAAAAUUACUCAAAUUAAACCAAAAGUUUAUCUGGGAUAACAGCCAACAAGAAUCUUUUGACAAAUUGAAGGAGGGCCUAUCAAACGUACCAAACCUGGCAUACUUUAACGCGAAGAAAAGAACUCGUCUUAUAGCAGAUGCAAGCCCAGUAGCGCUAGGGGCGGUACUUGUACAGUUUGACGAUCAGAAUGAGCCACAUAUCAUAUCGUUUGCGAGCAAAAGCCUAUCAGAUACGGAAAAGAAAUACUCUCAAACCGAGAAGGAGAGCCUUGCACUAGUUUGGGCCGUUGAGAGAUACCACUACUACUUAAUGGGGCUGCAAUUUGAGUUAGUCACUGACCACAAACCACUUGAGACAAUUUUCAAGCCGACGUCAAAACCUCCGGCGAGAAUAGAGAGAUGGCUUCUCUGGUUGCAGCCCUACAAGUUCAAAGUUGUAUACCGUGCUGGUAAAGAAAACAUAGCCGACUCGGUGUCUAGACUAUCUAAAAUCCAACGGACAAGCCCAUUUGAUGACGGCUACAACCACUCAAUCUUCCAUAUUGUUGAGAAUGCGACACCCUCAGCGAUGGGAAUAAGCGAAAUAGCGGCAGAGAGCGCAAAGGACAAAGAGUUAGUAGACACUAUAACAUGCGUUAAGAAUGAUCUAUGGUCAGCCAAUAAGGCAAACGUUUAUUAUCCGUUUCGGUACGAGCUGUCAGCUGUUGGUGAUAUUUUGCUUAGAGGAUCUCGCAUUGUAAUACCCAAGACACUGAGGGAGAAAAUUUUGAGACUAGCGCACGAGGGACACCCGGGAGAGUCAGCGAUGAAGCGUAGGCUACGAUCAAAGGUGUGGUGGCCGUUGAUAGACAUGGAGGCAGAAAAUUUCGUAAAAAAAUGUGUCAAUUGCCUACUAGUGUCGCAACCUAGUAAACCACCACCAAUGCAAAGACAUGUGUUCCCAAAUGGUCCCUGGCAGUGUGUUGCUACCGAUCUAUUGGGUCCUCUUCUUAACAACGACUACAUACUUGUCCUUAUUGAUUAUUAUUCCCGCUACCAAGAGGUAAAAUUCCUAAAAAAGAUCACGUCUGAAGCCAUUAUUUCCGUCAUGCAAGAGGUGUUUAGUAGAUUGGGCAUACCUAACUCAAUAAGGGCGGCUAAUGGCAGACAAUUCACCAGCUCCGAAUUUAAAAACUUCUGCAAAAAUCACAACAUCACUUUAAUUACGACUCCCCCAUAUUGGCCGCAGGCCAAUGGGGAAGUUGAAAAUAUGAACAAGUCGUUAGUAAAGAGGUUAAUAAUCGCGCACAACAACAAACGAGACUACAAGAAGGAGAUCGAGGAAUUUGCAUUGAUGUACAAUGUCACGCCCCACGGUACAACAGGAUCCUCACCCUCAGAGCUCAUGUUCAAUCGUGUCAUUCGUGAUAAAAUCCCAGGUAUUCAAGACUUAACAGACGACAUGUUGGACUCGGCUGCCCGAGAUUAUGACAUUAUUAACAAAUGGAAAGGGAAAGAGAAGGCGGACAUGAGACGAAGGGCAAAAGAAAGCGACAUUGAGGUAGGGGAUAAGGUCUUAUUAAAGAACGUGGUAUUCGCGCACAAACUUACUCCAAACUUCGAUCCGACGGAGUACACAGUAAAGGAAAGGAGUGGCAAUGAGGUGAUAAUAGCAGCUGGGGAAAGAACGUUAAGAAGAAACAUUAGUCACAUCAAAAGGCUACCGGCAUCCGAAACAAUCUCAGACAACGAAAGUAAUCCUACGACUUCAGGGGAAUCCAUGCAGUGCGGUCAACCAUCACAACAAAUCUCAACUGACGCCACUUCAUCAACGGGAGCGCCAGCGGCAGACCCAGAGGCUUAA